AUGUCUAAAGCAAAAAUAGAUCUUGCUAACUUGGAUUUCAGCCGUACCUACUCAUUUGAAGAGUUCGAGUUAAUUAAUGAACAGCUCAAAACACGCACCUUAGAAGUAAACGGGCAACCAGUCAAUUUAUUUGACCUCGACAAAAACGGAAAGCUUGUUCCAAUGCCACAGGCCACUCACUGCAUGGAGGUUACUGUUUCAACAAUCGUGGGGGAACUUUAUAACUGGAAUGUUCAAACUCGACAGAACGGGCUCAUAACAACAUCACAGGGAGGGUUUAAUUUCAGUGUUGGAGGCCAAAUAACGAUCAGAGCUCCUGAUGUCUCCUUCACACCCAAAGCAGUAUCUCGCCGAUUGACUGAAUUACAACGUUGGACUUUCCAGGGUCAACCAUUCACUCCCACGUUCAUUGUCGAGGUUGGAGAUACCCAAAGUAGUACAUCGGCGUUCGGGGAGUUAGAUAACAAAUUUAAGCGCGAAUACUUUGCAGAUGGAACAUCUGUACAACUCGGUUGGUUGAUUGAUCCUAAAAAUAGAAGAAUCUGGGUAUACAAGCGGAAUCAAUAUGGUAAUGUCUUUCGUCGUGCGCGCGCAUGGGAAGAUGUAGAGGGUGGUGAUAUUUUACCGGGGUUCACAUUGAAGGUGUGGAAGAUUGAUGAAGCAAUUUCACAGGAAUCUUCCGAAACAUCAUCAGAGAAUGAAGAAUUGCAAAUUAAUUGCCCUGAAUGUGACGCAACUUUCUCUGAUCAUUACACUUUUACGCAACAUUACGAAGAUAGGCAUGCUCGAUAUUACUACAUGUACGCUGAUGAUAAUCCUAAUGAUGGAAAACGUACAUUUUUUUUCGCGAUGGCUCAAAUUACUAAGGACCCUGGUCACAACCAUUAUUUUUUGGAAGAUUACUAUCAAGGAAAUCGUAUUCGCGUUGUAAACGCACUAAAGUAUAUGUUGUACGAAGAAUCAAAAAGCAAUGGUCUUAUAGAGGAAGAUCCUCAACGCUCUUGA